AGUCAACUCCCAUUCCGUAACCAGAAUUAAUCUCGACAUCGCAUUUGACCAUAUCAUAGUCAAGAUGUCGUCGCCUUCUUCUCGCCGUACGCGAGGGUCGCAAGCCGGUACUCCACGUCGGAGUGCACGAAAUUCUCAAGUCCCCCAAAGCAGUCCCGCCAACGGGGGGGCGUCACAAAAUGGAUCGCAGAGUGGGAAUAAUCUACAACCCAAUCCUCCGUCUCAAUUAGCAUCAAGCCCUCUGUUUUACCAGUCGUCCCCGGCUCCUAGAAAUGACAGGAGUUCGCCUGCCAUACGCCAUAACACGAACAGCCAGAGCACAAACGCCAACUCCGGCGCAGCGCCUAGUUCGCCGCUACGCCGCAUGGACAGCGAUGGUGAACGUACACCAAGAGCAGCUAGAUCACUUAUGGGUGAAUCCUCGCCCAUUCGAUACGAACCAAGUUCGAGUCCUGGACCUGGACGUAAUUUGCACCCACAAUCCGAUCUUCGAAGCGAGAGCAGUAACUUAUUCGUUGGGCCGUCUGACACCCCAAGGGCCAACAGGGUUAAUCGAAGAGGUGACAUCAACUCCGAGCUUUUCAGUAGUGCUGGUCGAGGAGGUAGCCGUGUCAUUUUGGAUGAUGCUGGGCGCGUAGUCCGAGAGAUCCAUUCCGAUGCAGCAACCUUUUCCAAUUUAGACCCUAACACCUCCGAUGCCAAUGCUCUUGGUGGCCAGGAUAAUGCGACAAUCUGGGGUACUACGGUCUCCAUUGAUGAUACAUACGCCGCUUUCAAGGAUUUCUUACGGAAUUUCACCAAGAAGUAUCGCAUGUGGGGUGAGGGAAUGACUACGGAGCAGACCGAUGCUGAACCUGACUCUACAGCCAAACCAUACUGGGAAGAACUGAAUAACAUGCUCAUACUUGGCCAACGAAUUCUCUACGUUAAUAUCCAGGAUUUCAAGCUAUACCCGCCUACCAGGAAGAUGUGGCACCAAAUUCAACACUACCCCCAGGAAAUUGUGCCGCUUAUGGACCAGUCUGUCCAUGAUAUUAUGAUAGAGCUUGCACAGGCUGAAAUGUCUAGGCAAAGAAGUCAGAGUACCGCGACAGCUGCAACCCCGCGUAAUGGUGCUCCAAGCUCUGACAUGCACUUCCCGAGCUCAGAGCGUGGCGAUGAGCCUCAACCUUCGCAACAACGACCCCCACAAGGCCCUACUCUAGAAGAAAAGGUUAUGGAUCAGACUUAUAUGACUCGACCAUAUGGUCUCGAUGAGGUCAUAAAUCUACGUGACCUUAACCCAUCUGAUAUGGACAAGCUCAUCUGUAUCAAGGGUCUCGUCAUCCGGACAACACCCGUUAUCCCCGAUAUGAAGCAGGCUUUUUUCCGAUGCAGUGUCUGCAGCCACUCUCUUCUAGUUGGCCUUGAUAGAGGCAAGAUUCGUGAGCCCACCGAAUGUCCGCGCUAUCUAUGCGACUCCAAGAACUCCAUGCAAAUCAUUCAUAAUAGGUGUGAGUUCGAGGACAAGCAAGUCAUCAAAUUACAGGAAACGCCUGAUGCCGUACCCGCUGGUCAAACACCACACUCAGUGUCGGUCUGUGUCUAUAAUGAGCUGGUGGACUUCUGCAAAGCUGGUGAUCGCAUCAAGAUUACAGGUAUCUACCGUGUCAGUCCAGUUAGGGUCAAUCCGCGUCAACGCUCAGUCAAGAGCGUAUUCAAGACUUUCGUCGACGUUGUUCACGUCGCCAAAGUCGAUAAUAAACGAAUGGAUAUGGAUCCUUCCACUCUCGAGAUUGAAAUCGACGAUGCGGAAAACAAUAUCGAAGAGACACGAAAGAUUAGCCCCGAGGAUGAAGAGAAGAUCAAGGCUACCGCUGCUCGCCCAGAUAUUUAUGAACUUCUUGCCCGAUCACUAGCUCCAUCUGUUUACGAGAUGGACGACGUGAAGAAAGGCAUACUUCUUCAAAUGUUCGGAGGAACGAAUAAGACCUUCGAGAAAGGUGGUAGCCCGAAAUAUCGAGGUGAUAUAAACGUCUUGCUCUGCGGUGAUCCGUCGACAUCGAAGUCUCAAUUGCUCAAAUAUAUUCACAAGAUUGCCCCUCGUGGUGUAUACACCAGUGGUAAAGGAUCUUCUGCCGUUGGUCUUACUGCGUACGUCACUCGCGAUCCCGAGACUCGACAACUAGUACUCGAGUCUGGUGCUUUGGUCUUGUCCGAUGGUGGUAUAUGUUGCAUUGACGAGUUCGACAAGAUGUCUGACUCCACCCGCUCUGUUCUUCACGAAGUCAUGGAACAGCAGACCGUUUCAGUAGCUAAAGCUGGUAUUAUCACGACGUUGAACGCCAGAACCAGCAUUUUGGCAUCAGCCAACCCAAUUGGGUCUCGAUACAACCCGGACCUACCCGUUCCACAAAACAUUGAUCUACCACCUACACUAUUAUCACGAUUUGAUCUCGUUUACUUAAUCCUCGACCGCGUUAAUGAGUCGAUGGAUCGCAAAUUGGCUCGCCAUCUACUUUCUAUGUAUCUUGAAGACAAGCCUCAAUCCGCCCCGACCAACAACGAGAUAUUGCCCGUAGAAUUUUUGACGUUGUAUAUCUCAUAUGCCCGUAAUCACGUUCAUCCAACCCUUUCUCAAGAUGCCUCGCAAGCACUUGUUGAGGCAUACGUCAAGAUGCGCAAAUUAGGACAAGAUGUCCGCUCAGCUGAGAAACGUAUUACCGCCACAACUCGUCAACUUGAGUCAAUGAUUCGUCUUGCUGAAGCACAUGCUAAGAUGAGACUAUCCACGACAGUCACCAAAGGUGAUGUUCUGGAGGCUGAACGACUUAUUCAGUCGGCAUUGAAGACUGCGGCUACAGACUCACAGGGCCGCAUCGAUAUGAGUCUUCUCACAGAAGGUACUAGUGCCGCAGAAAGGAAACGCAAGACUGAGCUCAAGGAAGCCGUCUUGCAACUACUCAACGAGUUGACCAGCGGUGGACAGAAUGUGCGAUGGAGCGAGAUCAGCAGGAAGCUAAACGAAGGUUCAAGUGUUCCAGUCGAGCCAGCGGACUUUGCCGAGGCAAUGAGGGCUCUCGAGAUGGAGGGUUCUGUUAUGAUCACUGGUGAGGGUGCCAGAAAGAGCGUGAGACGUGUUACGGGCGUCGCGUAAUAGGACGAGAAGUUUACGAGAAUCAGGUUUGGUUCCUGGACUAAUGUAUGGAUUGUGGGGUUAACGUCAUCGGGCAGAUCGUCUAUGCUGGCUGGCGUCUGAGAUAUGAUGAAACGUUAAACUGGACAUGAGCUACGGAUGUGGGAUGAGUUAACGAUGGAGUGAAUUAAUAAAAUGUUGAACAUCUUUUCAAAAUGAGUAU